GUUUUUCAGAUGACUCGCCGCGUCUAUUCGAUCGAUAUUUCACGUGAUGACCACAUCCGGUUCAUCGCUAGUUAAUUCUGCAAGAUGUCUUGAGAGGCACAGUGUUACCAGUCGUGCUGAAGAGGAUAGCGAGCCACAAACAGCACAAAGUUAAACUAACCGUUCUCAGUCAGUGAGAAUGAAUUCCGUCCAAAUAUCUGAUAAUCCCUUCAAUCCUUCCGUCGUUUACGACAAUUUACCAGUCCAGAGAAACCAUACAGCUUCCGCAGCAGGUAUCACACUCUCGAACGAAUGUCCGGCUAAUCAGCUCUCCGAUUUGGAUCAGAAGAAAGGAGAAAGGGACUCCCAACACUCAUUCAAGCAUCCCUCCUCCAUCGCUGUUGAGGGUUUCCUGCCUAUUCAGCCAGUCGAUGACGGUGUGUUGAAUGCCUCACCACCAUGUAUUUCAUCCAGUCCUCCGCUUUUCGAGCCUCCUCCUUUACCCCACAUUUUGGCUGUGCCACCUGUCAACGGAAACCAUCCUCAACCUAGAUAUCCCAUCACUCAAGGCCUCCCUUCGUUUCCUAUAACGGUGCCUUCUGCCUUCCCCUCACCAUGUUCCGCUUUCACUGAGUUGCAGCCACGUAACAGCCGGUCGCAGAAAUCUCCUCUUCCACCUCGAGCUAAUCCAGAUCAGCAGACAAGUAUCGACCGUCAGAGUUUGGCGACGGAACCACCUCGCUUGUUACUACGUGUGCCCAAGACCGGCACGGAAAGCAACAGCGGUAGUGUGGAAGGUGAUCAUUUCAAUGUUCAUAGCCCAAUACAGUACGAUGCACUAACAUCCUCCGUAUCUAGUGCUCGUUCUUUACCGGCCCGAAACGUUGCCUAUUGUUCCGUUUGCGGCCAGUCUCAUGAUGUGAACAAGCCACAUCGUUACAAUUAUACACAAGCGAUAGAUGCGGAUUUGUGUUGCACGCUGUGCUAUCAACCCCUGAUUGAUCCCUUAGAUACCAAGUGUGGUCACACAUUCUGCACCCCAUGCUUGAAAAAUCAUUUGGCUGUCCAGGCCCUUUGUCCAGUUGAUCGGCAAAUUAUCAACUACUUGGAAUGCCAACAGGCCUCGAAAAUUGUCAAACGCCUUUUGGACAAGCUUUUAGUGGCUUGCCCAAAUUCUCAGUUCUGCAAUGUUGUCCUUGAACGUUCCGGCCUGGAAGAACAUUUGCGUGAGCGCUGCCCAGGAUCACCGGGUUGUUGUCGCAGCUUUGAUGAUUCUUCUUUGACGCGUCACCGGCACACUUCCACCAAGGAGCGUUUUCCUCCCAUAUCUGCACACAUUUCGGGGGCAGUUGGAUCGGCCUCUUCAACGGUAUCGAGGAAGGCCAUUGGUUCCACACAGUCUCCAUUGACUGGUUCUCGACGCACUGCCGGAUUCACACCGCGUCUGCUCGCCGGCAGCCAUACGAGUCCGUUCCAGCCUGUUCAUGUCCUUCAAUCAUGUGAUCGCGUGAGACCGGACGUAAAACUGCCACUAUCUGAUAUUGAUGAAACCUAUGACGCACCUGUGGUCAAAGAAGGAGUACCUGUUUCUGUCGUUAUCCGCCGAUCACCCGGAUGUGCUGAUUUGGGAUUUACGUUUGUCGGUGGCGUGGACACACCACUAUCAUGUGUUCUGAUUCAAGAAAUCUACCUGGACGGAGCGGUUGCACUUGAUGGGCGACUCCGACCGGGAGACCAAAUUCUUGAGGUAAAUGGCCAUCCUAUCACAACUGCCACGCACCUUGAAGCCCACCAACAGUUGACUGCUCCUACGCCAAUAGUCCAGCUCACUGUGUUUCGGGAGUCCGUGAGCUGGAAUGCGCGUCAAGGGACACUAUGUCAAACACAAGAAGAGAUAUUCUGCGUCAAGUUAUGCAAGCGACAAGGCAAAGUUCUUGGGAUUAAAUUGGUGGGCAAAAAACACUUGCCUGGUCUGUAUGUGCUCGAUUUGGUCCCGGGUUGUGAGGCGGACUGCGAUGGACGAUUGCAGAAGGACGACCAGAUUUUGGAGAUCAACGGGAUUGACUUGUCCAACGGUACGCAAGAACAGGCGGCACACAUCAUCAAUACUGCCUCGGAUGUUGUGAGCUUCAAAGUGAGUCGUCGUUCUCGUGCAGACACUCCGGAUAUCCUACGGGCCACAAACGACUCUUCCGAAAGAAUGGAUCUGUCGACGUCACUGCGCAUCACCCAGUUUGGAAUGACCCGGAAGGAGAAGGACUCCAGUCUCGAUCAAAUUCGAUUCGACAAGACCGAUGACACUGGUAUGCGGACGCAGCAGAGGUCCCGGUCUGUUCAGUCAGAAGGAGGAGUCCACACACCUCAGGCUGGUGGGUCACAUCGUACUGAGACUUCUUCGCUUCAUGCAUUUCGGACCCCGUCUUCCGUAUCCGAAGCGGACAUCACGAACUCAACAUCACAUUUGAUAGUAGAUGAUGAAGAUCGCGGAACAUCGGGGCACGUAAAUCGCACCGAUAAAAUGUUUUCUCCACGAGUCCCCAUCGAGCGAGCGGAUCAGAACACAGCUUCUCGGUUGCCUUCUCAUCAACUGUCCCUGUGUCAAGAACGAAGUGUAGAACUGCGAAAAUUGCCGGAAGAACCUUUGGGCGUAACUGUAGCCGGUGGAAGGCAUUCUCAGCGUGGAGACACACCUGUGUACGUCACAAAUAUCAGUCCAGAUUGUGUGCUGGGACGAAACCAGUUGGUCAAACGUGGAGAUGUUAUUCUCGAAGUGAAUGGCGUGGGUCUAGUGGGUCUCACUCACGGUGAAGCCGUUGACGUUCUCAGGCGAGCCAGCCAUAUGCAAUCACGCGUUUUACUGAGGCUUAUCGAUGCACCGGAGACCAACAACAAUCCUGGAAAUUUUAUGCCGUCUUGGACCUUUUGGCUGCAGCUCCCACCAAUCUGCCAACUGACGCGCGUGAUUCACCUACAGCGCGGCACGACUGCUCCUUCCAGUGGCAGCUCGUCCUCCUCCUCCUCUGGAUUGGAACCACUCGGUUUUAGUAUUCUGGGUGGGAUCGAAGAAGGCAGUGGGUGCUCCGACGGGAAGCUUCCCACUUCAAAACAUCAACAGCAAUCAACAUGGGAACGGCAGAAAAUCAGCUAUACUGACCUGUAUCCUAGCCCGAUUGUCAUCAAGUCCAUCGUUCCGGGACUCCUGGCCCAUCGCGAUGGUCGACUGAAGUGUGGUGACCUCAUCCUGGCCGUGAACGACGUCUCCAUGUUAAAUGUGUCUCACGAGACUGCUGUGCGUGCGCUUAAGCGGCUACGCGGAGAUGUUGCCUUGAGGAUCAUAUCAUGGCCCGGGACAAUUGUGUGAAACGCUAUCCUGAAGUUUGUGAACCUCACCAACACUUCACGCGUCACCUGUCUAAGCAACAGCGACGGCGUCUACUACGGCGAAGAAAUACAAACUGUAUGAUUUAUAACUUUUCUUAUCAUCACUGACUAUCCAUUCUAUUGAGACCGUGUCGAUCGACCGACCGAAUUUUAUCGUCUUCCAGCAACCAACCACGAUUGUGCGCUUCAACCAAAUACUUGUUCCCCAAAUACAGAGCUUUCACUUGUACAUUUGAACUUGUAAAUUUGGAGCAGAAAAUUAGUUAUAUUAAUAAGAACAAAUCACAGUGAGUGGGGGUGGUAGUGGUGGGGCAAAUGACAUAGGAUUCAUCUGGAUCCGCUGGCCGUCGGCGUUGAAGCAUUCCUUGCGUCCGUUCCAAGCUGAGAAAUACGUCGCUGACCAUCCAGAGCGACUAGUCUAGCGAUGAUCCACUUCAUAUUCAGUAACAUUCCUUUAAGGGCCUUGGUCCAAUUCUCCUCGCUGUUUCCACUCCAUCUGU